AUGUCUGUUGAUGAUGAUGAUGAUGUCGUUUCCGUUAUAACGGUUCUUAAAGAUGAUGAAGAGGACGAUGAAACGGUUUCUGAAACUGAAAUCGAUGAUAUAUCUGUUGGUGAUAAUGAUGAUGACGUUGACGAAAUGAUAGUUGAUGAUAAUGAAGCUGAAGCAGUGACAGUAGAUAUGACAGUUGAUGAUGAUAAUGAUGAAGAAGCGGUCGAUAUGAAUGUUGAUGAUGAUAAUGAAGAAGAAGCAGUCGACAUAACUGUUGAUGAUGAUAAUGACGAUGGAGCGGUUGAUAUAUACGUCGAUGACGCUAAUGAAGAUGAAGCAGGCAAUAAAACAGUUGAUGAUGGCCAUGAUGGUGAAGCGGGAGGUUUAAUAGUUGACAAUAUAGGUUGGACAGGAGAUGGUUUAACGGUUGAAGAAACUGAUAUGGCUGAUGAUGCUAUUGGUGUCAUCGCUGUUGAUUGA